CUAACAGUUUCUUGCUAGCGCUCGCUGGGGUACCUGUGCCUUCUAGGUCCGCCUCCCUCUUCGGACGUUUACACUCACACACACACACACUUUACGGGACUUUGUGGACGCUUGUGUAUCACCUCACCCACACUAAGUCCGUGUGGUCAUAUCUAUUCGACACAAGUUCUAACUUCAGCUGUUCAAGGUCAUCCUCUACGUCCUUUUUGCUACCCUUCAUCUGCGUAACGACCCAAGAAAUUAUUUCAAGAUGCUGGCAAUCAAGACUCUAGUAGUGCUGACACUUGGCACUAUGGCAACCUCUUCAGCCAUUCCUAUCUGGGAACUCCUCACUCGUCAGGAAAAGAUGGGACGCCUGAUGUACGUGUUCAUCCACCUGGUAGAUCAAUACUGCAAGAACUCCGACAUCCCUGACUGUAGUAAGGUGCUGAUGCUGUAUGGCAUGUCCAACCUGGUGAACGAGGAAGAAGACGCCCUUGACUACCUCGAUCCUUAUCAGAGGAACUCACGUGGCAUCAUCUGGGCGAAGGUCAUGAAGGGCGACUUUAAGCUUCCUUCAUACAAGAAUUUGUACUCCAACGACGUGGCUGCCCCUGUUGAAGACUACGACCUGGUGAACGAGGUGCAGGACGGCCCCUCCUACCCUUCCCCCUCCCUCAACUUCCACAAGACCGUCAAUGAUCCUCACCCCUAUGCCGUACGCGUACCCGCCCCUGCCAAGAUCACCGCCACCCAUGCCGCCCACAGCAGCCAUCCCUACGCUGUCCGUGUGGCUCCUCCUACUUCUCCUCCUGCAGUCAACAAUGAGCCCCUGUCACCCAUGGGCAUCAAGGCCAGCGCUGACUUCGAGCCCAUGAUGACUGAAAGCCGCAUCUCAACUUCCCUUGUGCACCGCCUCUUGCCCAGCUCCUCCCCCCGGCGGUUGGUGCGUGCCAGACGUGAGGUCUUCCCCGAGCACCAGAUGAAGGAAUUGCUCUCACAUGUUCUCAGGAAGUGAAGACCCUGAGCUUUUUCUACCCAGUACCUCUUCCUCCUCCUCUUCCUCCUCAGCUGUUGUACAAUUAGAGGUCGUCAAAAGUACGUGAGGUGAGGCCAGGUGGAGUCCCACGUCUCGCCACUACUGCUUUAAGACUGGCAGUCGAGGAAGGUUCCUGAAGAGAGAAUACCUGUGUUCCAAUUAUAAGAGGCUUUUUAGACGUUAAUGCUUUAUUGAUAUUUAAGUGGCAAGUCUGCCAGUGUAUAUAGAAAUGUAAAUAGUAUUUAUAUAUAUAUAAAUAUAUAUCUGUGUGUAUCUAGUCAACAACAUCAGUGGUGUGCUGCUUGAUCGAUGUCGACAUCUUUGCCACAUCGUGAAUGCAGCGACACGGAACAGCUCACUGAGAGUCGUGGUCAGUGACACUUCUGAAGUAUCAAGUGUAAACAUAAUUCUCCACGAUCAUGAGGCUACAAAAAACAGUUGUCUCUAACUUGAGCAACUUUCAAGACCAACACGUGGGCUGUGAAAAGUGCAGCAGCAGCCUGGACGCUUUCCAGCACCACCUUUAACGGUUGCUGCACCAUCAACAACCAAACCAUCAAUUCCUGUUACCAUCUGCAGUCUUCAUCUUCAUCGCUCACUGUAGCCAUCAUCAUUCAUAUCACCAUAUAUUUAGCGGCCACCAGCCCCGACAGUCGCCACUCCCGAGAGGUGUCACCAACAACUUAGACAUGUGAGGGUGAAUAGAACUCUCGACUGUCUAACAACACAGACCCUCAAGACUUGGAGCUUAAUGUCUACUGUGCUGCGCCUACAAUAAGAGUCAUAAAGAUCAAUGGCAUCUUAACAUCUUAGUAAGUCCAGGACAGAUUUGGGAAAUCUUCAAAUGAGUUUGAAGGAAACGUGUUCUCUGUUUCUUCUCUCUCCAGACCAGUGUGUGAAGUUCUUACCACCGUCAGAAACAACUACCUGUAAUUCCUCCAAAACUCUUGUACUCUGGAAGACGAUGUACCGUCACAAGAUAACGUCGUGCGUUACAUUUACACCAUCGGGAGUUUCUUUAUAACAGAAUCCUGAAGAUCAUUUUUAUUUCACAUCCCCGAGAAAAUAAUUGCUGGUCCGUGGCAUAAAAACAACGCCAGUAUAAAUGAUCAACAGCACCUGAAAUUGGUCUCCAUCCGGCAACGACAAGCUUUUAGAAGCAAUCCUUGACGCAGGAUCGCCUGCCUGCAGUGGGAUGGUGGAGCACUGCUGAAGGAGCCGCCGACCAAGUGACAACACACUGGGGUCCACUCAUCUACAUUACCCAUAUUGUUAUUGUUAUGCCUCAUUACUUUAUGUCAUGUUUCAUUGUCUUGUAUUUUAUUUCAUGAUGAUCAACUGAAUGUUAUUUGUUGUAAAUAUUGUACAAAUAAAUCAUUUGUUAUGAGUAUAAA